GAAGGCCGCGCUCCCCGGCGAGCAUCCAAGAUGGCGGAGGUGGGGGAGGUAACCGAGGGCUGCCGCCUGCCCGUGUUGCGUCGCAACCAGGACAACGAAGAUGAAUGGCCUCUGGCUGAAAUCCUCAGUGUUAAGGACAUCAGUGGCCGGAAGCUUUUCUAUGUGCAUUACAUUGACUUUAACAAGCGUCUGGACGAAUGGGUGACCCAUGACCGGCUGGACCUGAAGAAGAUCCAGUUCCCCAAGAAGGAAGCCAAGACUCCCACCAAGAAUGGGCUGCCUGGCUCCCGGCCCAGCUCCCCAGAGCGGGAAGUGAGGAAGACCUUGGAUCUGUCUCUACAACCUGCCUCAACUCCAGCCAGCGGUAAAACCCUGCCCAUCCCAGUGCAGAUAACGCUCCGCUUUAACCUACCCAAGGAGAGGGAGGCUGUUCCCGGGGAGCCUGACCAACCCCUCUCCUCCAGCUCCUGUGUCCAGCCGAACCAUCGGACAACGAAGCGGAAGGUGGAGGUGGUUUCCCCAGCAACCCCCGUCCCUGCUUCCACAGAGACCACUCAAGCCUCUGUUUUCCCCCAGAACGGCUCAGCCAGGAGAGCAGUGGCUGCCCAGCCUGGCAGGAAGAGGAAAUCCAACUGCCUGGGCACAGAUGAGGACUCUCAGGACAGCUCUGAUGGCAUCCCCUCGGCCCCGCGCAUGACGGGCAGCCUCGUGUCGGACCGCAGCCACGACGACAUCAUCACACGCAUGAAGAACAUAGAAUGCAUCGAGCUGGGCCGGCACCGCCUGAAGCCCUGGUACUUCUCACCCUACCCGCAGGAGCUCACCACCCUGCCUGUGCUGUACCUCUGCGAGUUCUGCCUCAAAUACGUCAAGAGCCUCAAGUGCCUGCAGAGGCACCUAACUAAGUGCGACCUGCGGCACCCGCCUGGGAAUGAAAUCUACCGCAAAGGCACCAUCUCCUUCUUUGAAAUUGAUGGGCGCAAGAACAAGAGCUACUCACAGAACCUCUGCCUGCUGGCGAAGUGCUUCCUGGACCACAAGACCCUGUACUAUGACACUGACCCCUUCCUCUUCUACGUCAUGACAGAGUAUGACUGCAAGGGCUUCCACAUCGUGGGCUAUUUCUCCAAGGAGAAGGAGUCAACAGAAGACUACAAUGUGGCCUGCAUCUUGACCCUGCCCCCGUACCAGAGGCGAGGCUAUGGCAAGCUGCUCAUUGAAUUCAGCUACGAGCUCUCCAAGGUGGAAGGGAAGACAGGGACGCCAGAGAAGCCACUCUCAGACCUCGGGCUCCUCUCCUACCGCAGCUACUGGUCCCAGACCAUCCUGGAGAUCCUCAUGAACCUGAAGUCUGAGAACGGGGAGCGCCCACAGAUCACCAUCAAUGAAAUCAGUGAGAUCACCAGCAUCAAGAAGGAGGAUGUGAUCUCCACGCUGCAGUACCUGAACCUCAUCAAUUACUACAAGGGCCAGUACAUUCUGACGCUCUCAGAGGACAUAGUGGACGGGCACGAGCGGGCGAUGCUGAAGCGGAUCCUGCGCAUUGACUCCAAGUGUCUGCACUUCACCCCCAAGGACUGGAGCAAGAGGGGCAAGUGGUGAGAGGCAGGGCCUAUCUGCCACCCACUCCCCCAUGGCCCUGGCAUGGGGCCUCACAGACAUCCAGCUAACGUGCAGCUCCUGGGAGUUUAUCCCAGGGCCGGGACAGACUGGGCAACAGCAUCUCCAAGGAUGAUCAUGUGCUCUGCCACAGGGCUAGGCUGGGGCUGCAUCGUUCUCCGGCCAUGGCUCAAGCCCCAUGGGAAGGGGCAGAGGCCCCCAUGCUGCUCUCCUUGUCUCAGCGCCAGGGUGAGGGCCCCAUUUGUGCGUAGGGCUUGCAUCUUGCCAGGCCACCUUGUACAGUGUGGGCUGUGACCGAGGAGCCCAAAGGCUGAGAAUGGGUGGCCCUGGGCCCUCGGCAGCUGGCCAGCAUUUGCAUUUCUCUGUCACUCGAUCUGAGUUUUUGAUAAAGAUCCUGG